CAUAGGGUUUUAACUCACUUCCAAGUUCCAACUUUCACUCCUAUCUUCUUUCUUUCUCUUCAAACUCCUUUCUAUCAAGUUUAGCCCUUGAUGGCUCCGGUUCUAAGCAGAAGCUUAGCCACUGCCUCGCUAGUUUCACUCCCCUUUUCUUUUAAGCACCCCCAUAACAAGCACUUAAAUCUCAGAAGCUCUUUAUUCCCACAAAAUGGUCUCACAAAGGGCUUUUCUUGUUCUGCUUUGAACUGCAAUCUUCAGAAGAGGAACAAUCGCCCCCUCGUCCGCUGUGAGGCUGCUGUUGCCGAGAAGGAGGCCGCCGACGCUUCUGGUGAGAAGUUUGAGUACCAAGCCGAGGUAAGUCGUCUCUUGGAUUUGAUAGUUCAUAGUUUAUACAGCCACAAGGAAGUGUUCCUGCGAGAGCUUGUAAGCAAUGCAAGUGAUGCUUUAGAUAAGUUGAGAUUUUUAAGUGUUACUGAGCCCUCUCUACUUGGAGACGCUGGUGACCUAGAAAUACGCAUCAAACCUGAUCCAGACAAUGGGACCAUCACUAUUACAGAUACUGGUAUUGGAAUGACAAAAGAAGAGCUCAUUGACUGUCUUGGAACUAUUGCUCAGAGUGGUACUUCAAAGUUCCUAAAGGCUCUUAAGGAGAAUAAGGAUUUGGGGGCAGACAAUGGUUUGAUAGGUCAAUUUGGUGUUGGAUUCUAUUCUGCUUUUCUUGUUGCUGAGAAGGUUGUUGUGUCAACCAAGAGCCCACGGUCAGAUAAGCAGUAUGUUUGGGAAUCAGUAGCUGACAGUAGCUCUUACGUGAUUAAGGAAGAAACUGAUACCGAGAAGUUCUUAUCCCGUGGAACGCAAAUCACACUUUUUUUAAGGGAGGAUGAUAAGUAUGAAUUCUCGGAUCCAGCAAGGAUUCAGGGUUUGGUGAAGAAUUAUUCGCAAUUCGUUUCUUUCCCUAUUUAUACAUGGCAAGAAAAAUCACGUACCAUUGAGGUGGAAGAGGAGGAAGAACCCAAAGAAGGGGAAGAACAACCAGAGGGUGAAAAGAAAAAGAAGAAAACAACAAAAACUGAGAAGUACUGGGAUUGGGAACUAGCCAAUGAAACAAAGCCCAUAUGGCUGCGUAAUCAAAAGGAAGUUGAGAAAGAGGAGUACCACGAAUUCUACAAGAAGACUUUCAAUGAAUUUUUGGAUCCACUUGCAUACACUCACUUCACCACAGAGGGUGAGGUGGAGUUCAGGAGUGUUCUUUAUGUUCCUGGAAUGGGGCCUCUAAACAAUGAGGAUGUGAUGAAUCCAAAAACAAAGAACAUCCGAUUGUAUGUCAAGCGUGUAUUUAUCUCAGAUGAUUUUGAUGGAGAGCUGUUUCCACGAUACUUGAGCUUUGUGAAGGGUGUGGUAGACUCAGAUGAUCUUCCUCUUAAUGUUUCUCGAGAGAUCCUUCAAGAAAGUAGAAUUGUAAGAAUUAUGAGAAAGAGACUGGUGAGGAAAACAUUUGACAUGAUUCAAGACAUCUCUGAAAGUGAAAACAAAGAGGAUUACAAAAAAUUCUGGGAGAACUUUGGCAGAUUUGUAAAAUUAGGAUGUGUUGAAGAUUCUGGUAAUCACAAGCGCAUAGCACCUCUGCUAAGGUUUUACACAUCAAAGAAUGAGGAGGAACUGACAAGCUUAGAUGAAUAUGUUGAAAACAUGGGUGAGAAACAAAAUGCGAUCUUUUACUUGGCAACAGACAGUUUGAAAAGUGCUAAGAGUGCUCCAUUUUUGGAGAAGUUAGUUCAGAAAGAUAUUGAGGUUCUUUAUUUGAUUGAGCCUAUUGAUGAAGUUGCCAUCCAGAACCUGCAGACCUACAAGGAAAAGAAAUUUGUUGAUAUCAGCAAGGAAGAUUUAGAGCUUGGUGAUGAGGAUGAGGUGAAAGAAAGGGAAUCUAAACAAGAAUAUAAUCUUCUUUGUGAUUGGAUAAAGCAACAACUUGGUGAUAAGGUGGCCAAGGUCCAAGUUUCAAAGCGUCUAAGCUCAUCUCCCUGUGUGCUUGUUUCUGGCAAGUUUGGAUGGUCUGCUAAUAUGGAAAGGUUGAUGAAAGCGCAAGCUCUUGGUGAUACUUCAAGUUUGGAGUUCAUGAGGGGAAGGAGAAUACUGGAGAUUAAUCCAGAUCAUCCAAUUGUUAAAGAUUUAAAUGCUGCAUGUAAAAAUGCCCCUGAUAGCAGUGAUGCCAAGAGAGCUGUUGACCUUUUGUAUGAUACAGCACUGAUCUCUAGUGGAUUUACUCCUGACAGCCCAGCUGAGUUGGGUAACAAGAUCUAUGAGAUAAUGGCAAUGGCCCUUGGAGGGAGAUGGGGCAGAUCAGAAGGGGAUGAUGAGGCAGAGGCGCCAGAAGAGAAUGCAGUAGAAUCUGAUACAAGUGCCAAUGAAUCCUCAGAGACGCAAGUUAUUGAACCGUCAGAAGUGAGAACUGAGAGUGAUCCUUGGCAAGAUUAGAACUUUCUUUUAGAACUAGUAGAAUAAUUUUGGCAUUAUUUCAUUGUUAGUUACAGAAACCAUGCAUGCUAGAGGGUAUAAAAAGGGAGUGGGUGCGUGUUUGGUUGUUUCGGAGAAAAGAGGGAUACUCGGGAAAUUUUUGGGAAAAGAAUGCUAGUGUUGCUCUUGCUGGUAAUGAUUUAUAGUGUUGGGUGUACUGAUGAAAAUAGUCUUGAGAUAUUGUAGAGAGUUGCAUACUAUUGAAUGGUUGGCAGAAAUACAGAACA